GGACUUUUAUUUUAGAAUAUUUUCUUUGCGGAACUUCCGCCUUCGUCGGCGUGCGAUCCGGAGAUGGACACAAACAGAACUGCGAAGCUGGAGUUUGCGGUGCAGAUGUCAUGUGACAGCUGUGUUAAUGCAGUGAAGGGCGUCCUGCAGAAAGAGCCGGGAGUUCAGUCGGUGCAUGUAGACCUGGCUAAGGAGCAGGUGCUGGUGGAGACGGUGCUCACCUCUCUACAGGUGCAGAGUCUGAUCGAAAGCACAGGCAGACGGGCCGUCCUGAAGGGAAUGGGCGGCUCAGAGACAGAUCUGGGCGCUGCUGUGGCGAUGCUCAGUGGGGCGGGGCUAGUGCAGGGCGUGGUCAGAUUCCUGCAGCUGUCACCGGACCGCUGUUUGAUUGACGGGACGAUUGACGGACUGACGCCCGGAGCUCACGGCCUGCAUGUGCAUGAACUGGGCGAUCUGACACAGGACUGCAGGAGCUGUGGAGAUCAUUUCAAUCCACUUGGGAAACAGCAUGGAGCUCCUCAGGACUCGGAGAGGCAUGUAGGAGAUCUGGGGAAUAUCACGGCUGCUCCUGAUGGCAGAGCUUCAUUCAGGCUUGAAGACUCUCAGAUCAAGGUGUGGGAUGUGAUUGGUCGGUCUCUGGUGGUGGAUUCUGGGGAGGAUGAUUUGGGGCGUGGGAAACACCCGCUGUCCAAAAUAACAGGAAACUCUGGAGAGAGGUUGGCCUGUGGAGUCAUCGCCCGCUCCGCCGGCUUGUUUCAAAACCCCAAACAGAUCUGUGCCUGUGAUGGUGUGACUCUGUGGGAGGAGAGAGAUCGACCCAUCGCUGGGAAAGGACGUAAAGUCACUGACGCACCGACUGCUAAUCUGUAACGGGGUGAGGAUGAGAGCGCGUCAGGGACUCGUGAAUGAAUGAUAAGAGACCAAAAACACUGCUUUCUGAAGCUGUCCUCAGUGUCUGUUUAGAUUUUGAGCCAUGUUUUGAUGGAUUCACAUGACACUGAUGGAGAAAUCAAACUGUGUGAAUACUGAGUGUGUUAAUGUACGGUGUGGGUAUAUAGUGAAAUUUAACUGAUUACUGCUGCUUUAAGAUGAACAUCAGAUUUGGUAACACUUUACACUAAGGUUCCAUUAUCUAUUAACUAACAUGAACGAUUCAUGAACAGUACAUUUAUAACAGUCUCAUUAGUUAAUGAGAAUACAGUCAUUCACUGUUUGUUCACAGUGCAUUAACUAAUGUUAACAAGCACAACUUUCAAUUUCAAUAAUGCAUUGUUGUAAUUAAAAUUAUGGUUAAUAAAUGCUGUCCAUGUAAACUAGUUCACCUAUUGUAAAGUGUUACCUCGAAGUUCUAUAAAAGAAAAAGCUUAGAAUUAUUAUACACUGAAAAAAAAGAAAUGGUGUCAUUUUCAGUUUAAAUAUGAUCAAUUAUUAUGAAAUAAGAAAAUACAAUAUUAUAAAUGUUUCUAAAAGCUCUUAAGCUAUUACGAAACGAAUCUAAAAAUAGCACUUCUGUAAUUUCACUUUAACCUGUCAUUGAUCUGAAAUUCAUUCUGUUCAGCAGUAACCUAAAGUGUCUUAAUUUAAAACCUCAUUUUUAUUAUCAUUGUAAUGAUCAUUGUUGUACAAAUAAAAUAAAUAAGCACUUGUUUAUACAUAUUACUACCAAAAAAAUAAAAAUAAUCUCUGUG